CAUAGGCCAAAGGCAGUAGCUUUAUUUCAAGAGGGAGAAGAAAAGAAAGAAAAAAAAAGAAAAUUGUUUCUUGUUGGCUGUGGUUUGGGUUUUCCAUCUAAUGUUUCCAUCGAAAACGGGGUCACAAGCAAGUGAAAACACGAGUAGUAGCAUCAGUAGCAGCAGCAGCAAAGAGAUGAAUCUUUCUCUGCAAACGGAGAAUUACCCCAGAAAUCUAUUACAAAGGUUCACCCCGAGUGAAACCCAAGCUUCAACAAGAAGUGAAGAAGAACAAGUGGAACUGAAUCUUGGGUUAUCAUUAGGGGGUAGAUUUGGGGUUGAUAAGCAUGCAAACAAGCUGAAAAGGUCAUCGUCCAUUGCUGGUUCGAUACCGAUUUUCAGGGAGAUCGAUGAUGCCGAUACUACUCCACCGUCUGUUCCUCGCCCGACUCUCGUGAGAGCAUCUUCUUUGCCUACCGAGACCGAGGAAGAGCGGAGGAAGAGAAAAGAGUUGCAGACCCUAAGAAGAAUGGAAGCUAAGAGGAGAAGAUGUGAGAAGCAAAGGAGCUCCAGAGAGGAAAAUAAAGCACUUCAAGGAGCUAGAAGUAGUGGUGAAGCAAGAAGCUCCGGUUGUUCUCUAUCCUCGGAAGAUCAAGGCAAUCGAGAGGCUACCGGUUCUUGGGGGACAGAGACGGGUGAAUUCGGCAGAACUCCCAGCCUGCUGUGUGAAACUCUACAUAAGACGAAUGAAAAUAAGGGGAAAGAACGAGGGCACGCGAUGGAAGACAUGCCUUGUGUUUUCACAAAGGGAGAAGGCCCUAAUGGGAAAAGAGUAGAUGGUAUAUUAUACAGGUAUGGAAAGGGAGAGGAAGUGAGGAUAAUGUGUGUAUGCCACGGCAGUUUUCUGUCUCCGGUAGAGUUUGUCAAGCAUGCGGACGGUGGCAAUGUGGAUCACCCCCUUAGGCAUAUAGUUAUAAACCCUUCCUUUGCUUCCCUUUCGUAAUCCCCCUCGAAAAUUGAUUUUCUGAUGUUUCAUAGGACCAUUUUCGACUGCACCUCUUUCGGUUAUGUGGUUUCUUAGAAGAAAAAA